AUGAGGACAUCAGUGGGUGUGAUGGGAGAUAACAGUAGGGGAUUGACUGAAAAAGUGGUGAUGUCCAAUGGUAGACUUUGCACUGUAAACUGUAAAGAGGUUCCUGAAGGUGGGAGGCGAGGCCAAACUGCUUUGAACUGGAAUGAGCGUUUGAGAAUAAUAGAUUCCAUCGCAAGAGCAAUCGCAUUCAUCCACGGACAAUCCCCGCCAACAGAAAAGAACAUGAAAAUGAACGUUCAUGGAAACAUAAAAUCCUCCAACAUCAUGAUAAACAACGACCUCACAGCACGGUUAUCGGAUUACGGGUUCGUCCAGUUUCCCGGCUGCAUUGAGGAUUCCGAGAACAAAGAACGAUCAAGAACAACAAAUAAUACUUAUUCAGAGGAUUUGAGUCAAAAGAGUGAUGUCUUCAAUUUUGGUCUAGUUUUGUUGGACAUGCUAGGGGGAGUGCGGGACCUAAGUUACAUAAACUGCAUAAUUAAAAUGAAGGAAAGCAUAAAAGAAGGUGAUAGUACUUUUUUCGAGUUUCAUGUGAAAGGGAAAGAACGCAAGCAAGCUUUCAAGGUUUUGGAGAUUGCUUUGGCUUCCACCAACACCUUGCCGGAGACAAGACCUUCAAUAGAACAAAUCAUGUUGAAACUUAGUGAUAUUCUCAAUACUUCCAAGUGA